UCGAAGGAGAGCACACACUCCGUGCUUGCAAGCUCUCCCUCUCUCUCUCCGAGCCUUCAUUUACCCCCUCCUCCUCGAGCUUUCGUAUUUAGAAGCGACGAUUCGUAUCUUUGUGUGUCAAGUUUAGAUUGCUCGUCUUUGCCGGACAGUUGCUCUCUGCCACAUCGAAUCGGAGUGCGGGUCUCGGUGUACACCUGUAGAGCGCGUUGUCACGCGACAAUAAAUUAAAAAAAAAAAAAAAGAAUAAUAAUCAUCUGUUUGGUUUGGCUCCCGAUGUUGGAUGAGAUGAUGGCAAGCGCAGCCGUAGCUCCGGACUCCACCUCGGCCGAUUUCACGGUGCGGGAGCCUCGCAUCCCCCGACAACUGCACUACGCGAACGGCGACCCGGUCCUGCCGGCCGAUGUCAUCCCGGCGCGGCCGGUCAACGGCGCCAACGAUCAGGCCACCCGCAAGACCAGCCACCACCACCACCACCACCACCGCCGGAAACACAAAGACCCGCCAACCAGCGAACCAUCAACGGCCCGGCAACAACAGCAUCGUCGAAAGGUGGUGGUGGGUACGGUGCGAUUCAAUAACGGUAUGAGCCCCGAGGAGGAGGCGGCCCACGCGGCUGCCGUUGCCGCGGCCGUCGACAAGAUAGACGUGGAGUUGCUGCCCCCGCGGUUGGUCGUGCCCUCGGAGCGCCGGGCCCGCUGGUCGUCGCGCAACACCCUCCUGCCGGUCUCGCCCCACCAGCUCAUCGACGGCCGCAUCGUCAGGAGCGCCCUCAGGCUCAACCGCAAGAGGCCCAAGAGGGACGCCCUGCGCUUCACCGACAAAGAGAUCACCGGCUGCCUCGAGCCCGACAAUCCCUGGAUACGCCGACAAAAUCUGACCAAGGAGGCGGUCGUCGCCGCGUACAAGGAGGCCUGCGACAAGCACAAGGUGUUUCCCCUGCAAAACGUCAUUUAUCAAAUCAAAUCGGCGGAACAAUUGAACGAGCGCCUCGAGGAGAUGAGCUUCAAAGACCACAGUCUCCGACAAGCCGACUGCGACGCCCUGGAGGAGGUCUUCCGGAGGAUUUUGUUCUAUAAAGUCGAUCUGGACACCGCGAUCGGCGACGACAGCAGCGCCGAGGCUCUGUUUCAGAUAUUCGAGUUUUACGAGGCUGCCGUGCACAUCGUCCUGUCUAACAACCAAAACAUCGGCACCUGCGGCUGGCAAGCCUGCAGCAGAAUGCUGAGAAAGACGGAGUGCGUCAAACAAAUGGACGCCGUCAAUGUGCGCCUCACCGAGGAGUACAUGACGAUACUCACCCGCGGACUGAGGUACUCGUAUCUGGUGACGCUGACUUUCGAUUCCUGCCACCUCAACGGCCGAACCCUCCAACUUUUGGUACUGGCCUUGAAAUUUAAUUUGGCGUUGAGGCAGCUCUAUCUCCGCAACAACGAAAUACAGGGAGCCGAUUGCACCCACGUCGAAACCCUUUUGAGGUUCAACAGUCGGUUAUCGUACCUCGAUCUCAGCGACAAUUUGAUCGACGACGAGUACCUGGGCCGCGUGGUCAACGGGCUUUUGCAUCAGAUGCAUUUCGGGAAGUGCAGCAGAUCGAAAAAGGGCCUGGAAAGUCUCGUACUCUGGAACAACAAGUUGACCAAACGCUCGGCGCCACACCUAAACGCCGCCAUUCAAGGAACCAAAUCUUUGAAGUACCUGAGCAUCGGCUCGAACAAGCUUACGGAUGAGCUGAUAAUGGACCUGAGGGAGAGCUUGGCGGCGAACAAGACGUUGGUCAAGCUGGACUUGAGAUCAACCGAGAUCACGUGCUUCGGCCUCGCUGAAUUGGCGCGGGUUAUCGAGGACAACGACGUUAUCGAGGUGCUGGACGUGCGAAAUAAUCCCAUCUCCAAGUUGGGACUUCACAGUAUCAUUCAAGCGGUCGAGCUCAACAGAAAUGUCAAGGACAUCUUUGUCGACGAAAAAUCCAAGGUCAAGGAAGCCAGCAAAAUCAAAAUGAAGUACAGUGAAAUGGUGAAGCACCUGCAAAAGCUGUGCGAAAGCAACAAGGAACUCGCAAAGGAAGUCGAUGUGCGUGUUUCAGCUGCAACGGAAGAUGAGUUCGAGGACAGUGACGACAAUGAAAUGUUUGGCGGCGAAGAUUUGGAUGAGCUGGAACAGCCCCAAGAAGAACUUCCCAGUGAAUACAAGAGAUAUAUGACGUGGAAAAUAUAGAGACUAUAUACUUACAUAUAUCAUAAAACUAAUUGAAAACGAAAAAAAAGAACGGAUAUGAUAUUUUUUAAAAGACAAAUUGUGUAAAAUGUUGACAGAUUCAGUGAAU